AUGGUUGCCAGAUCUGUCCUCGCAGGCUGCGUUGCAGCCUUUUCUGCUGUGGCUUCCGCACAGAUUGACAUGCUUACACCCAAUUUCACGCAGAUUCCCACCCUCUUCGAUCGUGUGAACACACCUUUCACCUUCACCGAUUGUGCGGCACCAAAAGAAAUGGAAACCUGCUGGCAAGCCCAGAACUUUACUAAUGAAUACUACGACAACGAAUGCUUCGGUCUGCAGAACAGAAUUGAGUGCGCUCUUACGAAUUGCUGGAAUAGGGUCUAUUCAUGCGACUAUCAGCAACUUGUGCUCGCCUACAAUUGGACUUGCAAUGAUCCGAACCCAGAUUAUCCAGGUUACCCAGAGUCAAACACUUUGAAGUUGCCAUUCUACCCAGCACCCGUUGACGCUGCUGAAGAAUGCAGCUGUAACCUCAAGACUGUCGACGUCAGUCUCUAUAGCCCAUUCGAUGGUUUCCAGACAUGUCUUGACAAGGUCUACAAAGAGGAUGGUGAUUUAGACGACGAUGACGACCAAGACGACGACAGCGAUGACCAAGACGACGAGGACGACCAGUACGGCCUCUUUGGAAAACCAGUGCCGAAAUGCAACUGCUGUCUUUAUGGCGCUGUUGCUGCUACACUCUGGGACACAUGUCCGAGCCAAGACCCCGGAUACAUUUAUCUAGACACCGUCAAACAAAUCUACAUCGACAGCAUACAAAUCGGCGGCAACAUCACUCUCGCAGAUUGUGCUUCCAUCCUCUCGAACCAGAGUUUCAAUUGCGCUGACUACGGUUUCACAAGCUAUGGCAAGAAUGCUUCUGACUAUGCGAAGCCUACACCUUUGCACUCGGCUACUGGCACUUGGAGUGAUGUCAACGGAAUUCUUACUAGUCCUGUGAGUGGGCCUACCUAUACUUGGACUGCUUGGAACGACACUUUUACGAUUACUGCUGCUUCGGUGGAGGCUGUGGCUACUAGGACUGCUAGCGCUACAAGUUCUGAGAAGGUCACGGGUAGUUCUACAGGAGGUGUGAGUGGCACGGCAAGUGGUCAGACGUCAAAGAGUACUGGUGCUGCUCCUACGGGCAUGGCUUUGCAGCAUCCUGCAGCUGCGCUCGUGGGACUCGGUGGCAUUGCUUUCGCUCUUUUGUAG